AUGACGAGCCACCAGCUACAGCGGCCGGCGGCCGUAGAAAUGAAUACGGCGGACGACGGACUACUCUUGGCCGCGGCCGCGGCCGCGGACGCGAUCACUUCCGCCACGUACUUGGGACUGGACUUUAGCACGCAACAGGUAGGCGCGCACGUCACGCACGUCGGCGCGAGUCGAAAUGAUGUUUUUUUUUUUUGAUAAGCCAUAGCAUCGCCCCGCGGUAUUAUCACGCGCAUUGAUUAUCGUAAUUCGUAAUAUCACAUAUAAUUACGCGUAAACCGAUCGGCGAGGUCUGUAAAUCACGUUUUGCGCACGUUAAUGCGGUAACACCGCCGCCGUCUAUUGUAAUCGAUUAAACGAUUUUUGUGGACGUUUCUGUGGACAUUAUUGCCGAAAGUGCGCGAAUCGCAUUUUACGCGCGUUAAAUAGAUUCAAUAAUGAAUUUAAUCUCAAAGAACAUUUCAAAAACAAACGUCGGCGAUUGUCAACGCGCCGUCGUCCGCGAUAUGGUAUUCAGGCGUCCACGAAAACUCGGCGUUUUUUUAUUUAAAGAGGUUCGUUUUACGCGACGGCGCCGGCUACCGUAACGUCACCAUACGAAAAAGUCGGUUUGACUGUACCGAACUGCAGUUUGAAUUUGUAUAUUUUUUUUCAGUUCCGUUUUUACGACACGUGUAUCCAGUAUUUACGCCGUACGUUGUGUUUUCAGGUUUCGCGUAUCGAUUAUAAUGAGCACCGACAAACGGACCGAGUACGCGCGUAUUGAAAGAAAUGAUUAAGUGUGUUUGUUUCCAUGCGGCGUGCCGGUGUAUUAUUAGAGGAGUAUCGAAUAGGAACGUAGUAUUACACUGAGCGUUUAAAAAGAGGAAACGUUUUUGUUUUUGUUUUUUUUUUCUACGCUGUGAAUGUACGUUUUCGCAAUUUAACGUGGCCCCGUUUACUACAGAAAAAAAAAAUAAUAAUAAAAUAUACAAAAUACGAGUCAUUCGCGGACCGCGGUGUAUGCGGAAACGUUUUUUUUUUUUCUAUUCGAUGACGAGUUCCCGGUAUUUAGGUGCGGCAACACGAUAUCUGUAGGCGAUUAUCGUAAUUAUUACAUAUUAUUAUUAUAGAUUAUGAUGAAUGGUUUGUGCUACAGUAUUUUUAUCAACCGGUUUGCCAACGUGUCCGUUUAUUUUCGUUCGCUCGCAUUAGUGUGCGCGCGCACACACUCGCCGUAAUGUUAUCAACAACUACGGUUUUUGUAGCGCGGGUUCGGGGACGGGGGGACGGGCGGAAGAAAGUGAAAAGGGUAACGCGCGGCGUUCACAACACCUAACCAACACCAUCCUCACCGUUGGGUUCGUAAUUUAUCGAUAAAUCAAUGAAGUCAAUCCAAUCGAAAUCCACUAUUGUCAAUAUAGGUACGACGAUUUUAUUGACUUUCUGUACAUUUUUUUCUUUUGUUUUUUCCCAUCUAUAUAGUGUAAUGAAACCAGCUGUAAUGGCACACCCCCUCCGGCCAUAUUAAAAUGACUGCGGACGAACGCGCGUUUCGAUAGGCACCGUGGUAAUAAUUGAGUUAUUCACUUUUGUUCAGGCCAUGCAGGCGUGUUCAGACCUCAUUCACCACGGGCCGUGCACGACAGUGGCGCAACCAGGAGAGGGGCUGAGGGAGAUACAGCCGAAAUUAGGUUAACAAUUGGUAGUAUGACCCCCGAAUUUCGAAAUAAACUUUAUCAUCUAAUAAUAAUUAAAUCAAUUUUUAAUUUUUUUUCUACUAGGAACAAUAAAUACGAUUUUCCUUUUAUCGGUUAAAUAUAAACAACAUAUUUUAUGAAACAGUAUUUAGUACUUUAAAACACGAUUUCUAAUACGUUUUAAAAAUAUUUAUUUUUAUAAUUCUAACCUUCGUUAUGUUGGUGUUACCAUUUUAAUUUCCCCAAUUACUCCGUCAUAAUUAAUCAUUUUUUUCGUCUGUUGUUCUAUGAAUAGAAACGCUACAGCAGAUAUUCAAUGCUAUCAAUGGUGGAGAAUUUGUCAUGUGUUAUUAUAUCGCGAAAAUCUAACGUAUAGAAAACAGACCUAUACUAACAAUUAGGACCACGCGUAGAUAAUAGACGCUUAUAUUAUUUAUGGUAACACCACUAACCUUACACGGGAUAAUAUCACAGAUUAUAUAAAACUUAUGUAAUCUGUGAUGGUAUUGUCAAUUAUUAUAGAUAAAGCCCAGAUUAUGAAAGUCGAAAAAAUUUAAUAUGAAAUCAAAAGCUAAGGAAAAAAGAAAGUUUAUAUUAUGCACUGCAAUUUAUAAUGUAAGUUAGAUCGAAUUUCGCAGGUCGUGCCUGUAUUAUGCAUAAUACAGGCACGACCCGUAGACGCGCGUCUAUGGUUCAGAUUUAUUUCGAUGUUGAUUUGUAUUAAACAUAUACAACUUAUAUUAUAUUAUCAUCAGGGUUCGAGUCUUGUAAAACCAAUAAAAAAAAAACGUAAACAAUUUAUUAUAAGCGCUUAAAAAUAUAAUAAUAAUUUGCAAAAAAAAAACCACGUUUAAUUUUUAUAUCAGAACUCUUGUAUCUUUUAAAACUAUACUCCCGAAUCAGUAUUACCCGUGUUUCCAGCAAUCACCGACACGACAUGAUGAACAUAAAAUAACAAAAACAAAAGUAAAUACGCGUUGGAUAACAGAAUACAAAGACGAAAAUAAUCAAAAACCAUUAGAAUGAUUCGAAAGUACGGACUUUCGUCUCCGACUCACGUUAUCGCAUUGUAGAAAAUAUGCAAAAAAAAACUUGUAAAAAGUUUUUUUAGAAACAAAAAAAUAACAUUCGAAAUAAGCAAACGGAAAAAAAUUCGCGUUCAUAAUUCGUCUCGUAACUUGACAUCAUUUUGCACAAGCACUCCGCUUCAGAUUCCACGUCAAGCCGAAAAAAUAAGCAAACAAUGAUAUUCGCGGUCUCGAACCCCGGUUACAAUAAUAUCAUGCGAUUACCGUUUUCGAUCGAAAUCAUAAAAGUAUGACGGUGUAUACAAAGACGGUGGAACCAGCGCAAUUAUUGACCAAUCGCAAACCUACCCCACUUGUGUGUAAGCCUAUGACUAUUUUUUCGAUAAUAAUGCAAGCAGGUAACUAUACCUAUUAUAGGUAUAGUUUUCUAAUCAAUGGUGCGAGACAGAGUAGAAUCAUUGCGCUCUGUACCCGCGUUCGAAUUCAAAACGUUGUGGAGCGUUAACUGGAUGUUUUAUGAACGAUAAGAACAACAACAACAAAAAAAAAAAAUAAUAAAUAAAACCCCUAAACUAGAACGAUCGGUUUGAAAUCCGAUUAGGAAAAUUAACGAUUUAAUUGACGUACGCACGUCAGUGUACGAUUGUGCCAUUAAUUAGGUGGGUGGUAUUAAUAAACUGCGCUGUCGUGUUCGCUGCAGGGCUUUAGCGUCGUAUAGAAUUAUGCUACAAUAUUUAAGGGCCCUGGUUUCAAUGGAAAUUUUACUUUUUUUUUUUCGUGAUCUAGGACGAUGCUUUCUUUUAGGUCCGAUGAAACGCAGUCGCUUCAAUAUUGUAAGACUUUUAUUUCGCGCAUUUUUAACAUUUUCCGAUAAUUUUGUUUAUCUUAAGCCCAUAUUUUAUGCAUUUUUCAUAUUUGAUUGGAUUGGAAGCUACGAGAUUUGCGUCUUUGUCUUACACACGUGAGAUACAGGGGAUUUAGACGUGUUUUAAUUCUAACGUACCGAUUAAUCUAGUGAAGCAAUAAGAAUUCUUGAAACAGAUUUGAAUUUUUCGUGAUGUCUACUUGAGAUCGACUGUCCCAAUUUUAAAUUUAUCUCCUUAAAUUUAAAAAAAAAGCCAUACUAAUAAAAGAAUAAUUAAAAAAAAAAGAGAAAGUUGGGAAGGUAGGAUACGUAAGGUUAUUUCAUUUAUAUCAGUUAGCAACGAUAAACCAUUGCUUGACGAAAGACGAUUCCGAGCGCAGUUCGGUAAUACAUAAUUUAAAGUGCCGUAAUUUAUUUUGCGAUUUUCGUUUAAAUUUGAUUUCAAAACGCUUAUUAAAAAAAAAAAGUCGUCUUAUGAUUUUGUAAAUUUUACCACGUCUAGAUAAGUCCAAUAUAAGUAUUAUUACCAAGUUUCCAGUCUUUACAUGUAUUUAUAACCGAAUUACAGCAAAACAAUUCCCAAAAAUUAAAAUUCCUUAAAAGCUCAAAAGUUAUGACGAUGAGACGAUGAAGAAAGUAAUUAAAAAGGGCAACAAAAAAUAUAUGAUGUGAUUUUUCAAUUAAAUUUUUUUUCUGGUAAAAAACGUCGUCCGUGUUUUUAUAGAACAAUGAAAUUGUGAAAUUUUACAUUUUCUUACGUUUUUUCCCACUUAAAUGUUUUCAUUUAAUAAAUUAUCUCUCUAAAGUAUCUAUACAUCUUGAGCUUUCUUAAAAGUUGCUACACGUAAAAAUCGGAGCAAGUUUACUAGGAAUAUACGUAUCCACAGACUAGAACAAAGAAAAAAUGAAAAAAAAAAUAAUAAUUAACAGCAUUGCAAAACCAAUAGCUCCCUCCAUACGCUCGGAAUCUAAAAUGAAAUAUUUUAAUUUUUUGAGAAAUUAAAAUCAAAAAUCAACAAAAUUGGGGAAAUCAAUCUCGGUACGUUGGACAUAAAACAUGUUGAAAUCUCUAUAUCUCACGUAUAUAAGACAAAGACAGUCACUCGUCGCUUUAAAUACCUUUAAUAGUUCAAAUUUAAGUUAUUCGAAAUAUUAUCUCAAGCAAUUCUGUUGUUUUCAUGAAAUUGGCUUUACUAGAUUUUAGAUUUACAGGUUGUUAAUCAUUAUUUAUGUUUUCGAUAAUGUCCUUUGUUUUAUCGUUAUUAACAACUAUAGUGCGUUACCUGGUUAAAACAAUAACAAUAAAAGCGUACCUAACUUUUAUUACGCAUUUUUCGCCGUUAAUCUAUGCAUAGAGCAUUUUCGGGGUUAUCAUUUCGCUAAAAGACGUGUUUGUCUGUUUUUGAAUAGUUUUUAGAGCAUUUAAAUUCUUGCGCGGGUAAUAAUAUAAUAUAUAAUAAUAAUAUAAUGUACUAUAACAAUUUUGUUUGUUUCUAAUAUUAAUUUAUGUAACAAUAAUCUAGGCCAUAUCGCGUAUUUCAAUCAUUUUGUAAUCUUAACGGAAUCGCACGCGACAUAUUAGGAUUAGGCUACUUACUUAUUUAUGCGAGUAAAAAAAAACAAAAUAUACAAUUUUACGAAUGACGUGUGCUCAUUAUAAAUUUUAAUAAUUAGAGUAUUAUUAAUUACUCGUAAACGCAACGCUGCCUUCUUAUCAGGGAAUGAAAAAAUUGGCCCGGGCGUUCAUAGAUAAAGGCUCCUUAUCACACCAAUACCAGCUCUAGCAUAGAUCUUAUGACAAGGGUACCAACAAGCGAAUGUCUCAAAUUAUAUUCUGCAAUGACUGCAAUAACUACCUAUACUCUAUAUUUAAGUGUUAAUAGUUGGACUCGGAAGUUACAAGAGUUGCAUAUUUUUCUGUAUGCGCUGAAUUUAUAGCGGACCUGCAAGCUAGAAAUUCUUUCUAUACAAUGUAGAGUUUAAAAAUCGGACAUUUAAUGUGCAUACUUUGCAUAUUUUGCUGAUUUUAGAGAAAAAGUACCAAUAUAUUUCAUUGAUUUUCGCAUAUUAUGCAUAUUUAAUAUUUGAUAAAAAAAAGUGAUUUUUUUUCUUUCUUGACCCAUUGUAUUUUAAUUAAUACUGAGUAUAAAACUCAGUAUUAUUCAACGAAGUUAUUUAUUGUUAUUUCUUAUCGUCUCAGUCUGUUAUUAAUUUAACGACAACAGUGCGGCGAUCCGCAUUUAAUAUUUAUCUUUUUUGUGCACAUUAAUAAUGACAUUAUAUGUUUUUGAAUAAUAACUUAGAACCAUUUUUUGCAUAUUUAACAUUUUUUUGUUGCUUAUUUUGCCCUUUUUAGCUCCUAUUACUUUUGGGCCCCACAGUUAUUAGCGUUGUGCUUAUUAAGACAUAGUCACAAAUAUUGUAAAUGUGCGCUGUAUUAGCACACGAGCUCAAUAUAAUGUAGUGUAAAGGCCAAAAAAUCUUUAGGGGCCUUUGGCGGACGAUCGUCCGCCCGCCCCUGCUUCUUGUCGGUAACUGUUUGAAUAUACAACGACCUGCAGAAUUUGAUAAUACCGGGGGGAGGGGGGGUGUAGUAAAAUAAUUUUAUUUUUCAAAUUUGAACGUUAUUGCUUGCCGUAGUUAAAAGGAGUGAUUGUCGACGAUUCGCUGACCACCGUAAUCUUCGAGGCCACCGUGCAUUUCGACACGGAGCUCCAGGAGUUCAAAACUCACGGCGGAGUGAUCAGGGGCAAAGAUAAACAGCAGCGCGAAGUGACAGCGCCCACGGUAAUGUGGGUCAAAGCCUUGGACGUGUUGUUGGACCGAUUGCAAGUGUGCGGUGCCGAUUUGAGUACCGUUGCCGCGGUUUCUGGUUCCGGACAGGUGAACAAUGUUUUUUCUUUUUCUUUUUACUUCCUGUCGUCGCCGUCUCUAUAUCUAAAUGAUGUUUAAAACGCGAACCAUAAAACAAAUAUAUUAUAGGUACCUAUACAUAAACAUUUUAAACCUACUCAAUUGGCUAUAUUAUUGUUCAAAUUGAAUAAAAAAACGUACAUAUACGUAUACCGAUAUAACAUUGUUAUAUUAUAAUACAAUUUUUAAAUUCAGAAUCUUAAAUGCGUUUCCUAAUAUAUAGGUAUGAUUAUUUUAGUAAGUAUAGCCGUGGUAGUACGAGAGUACGAGUAUUUUCGGCCAUUUCAUAAUAACCAUUUUCUAUACCAGCCAGUAUUGGUAGCUAGAUACUAUUUUGGCUACCAAUGUAAAAUUGUAGGGGCGUAUUUUAGAGGGGGGGGGCAGUAGAGAUGAUCGCUCUUUCUGGAUCUGUAUUCAUGUAACUAUUUAUUAUUUUAGUAUAUUGAUUGUGUAUAGGUAUGAUAUAAUAAAAAAUUGAAGUACAAUUUGUGUAUUUUCAUACUUUUCAACGAAAAAAAAAACUUAAGAUUGUUUUAACGAUUUAUAAAAAAAAGUUUACUAGUUAUCAGAAUACCAUGAUUGAAAAACAUUUAAUUUAUUUCAAUCUUGCAAUACAAACGUAAUGACAAGUAAAUAAGAAUUAAUUGAUUAUAUUGAACAAAAUUUGAUAUAUCCCACGAAUCUAAUAAGUGUUGUAAAUUCAAUAAUUUGAUUUUAUUUUAAAAUUAUUUCAUAUAUUUUUCUUAUCUCUUGUAAACAUCAUGAACAUCAAAAAAAAAAAUAAAACAUAAUUAAAUUAUAUGCAUACUUUGAUUUUUAAAUUUUAAAUUUUAAAUUUGUGAAAAAAAAGUACUGGCCGAAAAAGUAAAGGUUCAUUUUGGCUGAGAACGGUUCCGACCACUAUGAUAGGUACCACACGCUAUCUUUGAGAAAUGGUUGCUUUUAGACUUUUAUAUUUAGGGAUGGGUUCAAUAUGAAAAUAAUUUAAUAUUAGUUGUCGCUUAUUACAAAUAUUUUUAUUAAAUUAUGAAAUUUAGUAAAAAUAUGUAAAACAAUUUGAAUAGUGGGAAUAUUAAGAAAUAUUGGUGGGUAGAUAGAUUAUAGGUUGAUUCUGGGCUAUUUUAGGUUAGUUCGCCACGGAGUAUAGGAUAUACCUAUCUUACCUACCUUACAUUUUUGAAAUAUUACCUAUUUAAAGUUCUUUGAGCGCUCAGAUUAUAGAUAAUUAAUGCAUCUUUUACAUACGUAAUAUCACUUUGAUCGUUUUCAUUUUCCCCUGCAGCUACAAGCGAAAGAAAAAAAUAACAUAUAUAUAAAAUAUAAUUUAUUUUAUGAUGAUGUUCCACGAAGAUAUGAUCAUUACAUCUUGUUAAUUAUUAGCAUUUUUUUUUUAACGAUUUAAGAAACAAGUAGCUCUAAAAUAAUGACGAAAUAUUCCUCUUUUAAGUUUGAGUAGUGGAAAGUAGUGGAGCAUCAUUUAUGUGGUAGCACAGUAAUAGUGCUCCACGCUCCACCAAUCCCCCCUUCUAAAACUUACGAGUAAAAAUGAAAACUCUUGUUAGCUCAGACUAUUUAUGACAUUUUUAAUAUAGGUUGACAUUUGAAAAUUAAAAUUAGGUAGCCGGUUCACUUCCAAAAGUAAUGGUUAUAUACCAAUUUAAAGUUACUUAUUUCUUAAAUUAUUAAAAAAGAAAGUUGGGAAGGUAGGAUACAGUCGGGAAUUUAAUGUACCUUAUCUGUAAGCAAAGAUAAACCAUUACUAAUGAAAAAACAAUUCUAAACGGAGCUCAGUUGAUAGUGUUACUUUGUCAACAAUAUACCUAGGUAUGUGUCGUAUUGUGGUAAAAUAAUUACAUAUGCAUAAAAUAUUUACGUAAAAUUACUAUUAAUUUAAUAUUGUACCUAUUUUCUCGUCUUGUUUUUUACUUGUUUUUCCAAUAUAUUGAGAAAAAUCUUGAGAAAAUUAAAAAAUGGUUUCUCUAACAUACAUAUCUACCCCGUCAAAUUUCAUUUUAGAAAAAUUGUUAUUAUUAUAAAUCGGAGCAAGAUUUCUUGUAGAAUAGAUUUUUACAUGAAAAAUAAACUGUAAUAUUUUAUUAUACAUUCGUACAUUUUCCUGUUUUUUUGAAUACAUAAAGAAACUGAGAAAAAAAAAUAAACAUUAUAAAACCAUAAUCUUCUUCGCUCUACUCAGAAUCUAAAAUCUGAAAAAAUGUAUUGCUAUCCAAGAUAUCGCAAUAAUCAUAUUAUCUUAGUGGUACACUCUGUACAGAUUUGUUAGUAAGAUUCCAUAACAAUCAGGGCCGUAUUUAGGAAUUUGACACCAGGGGGCAAUAAAAAAAAACGCCUCAUUAUAUCAAAUACAUAUUUAAAAACAAUAGGUAUAUUGUAUAUACAUAUAUAUGAUAUUAUGUAUAUAUAUUGUAUUUGUGUAUAUUAUUAAUACAUUUAAAUUUUUUUAAAUUUAGAUCAUUAAAUAUUGAAAAUAUAAAAAAUUUGGCCGCCCAGGACAACGGCACCCUGUAACUCCCCCCUAAAUACGGCCCUGAUAACAAUAUAUAUAAAAUACAAAUUUUAAUUUAAUUAUAUAAAUUAUCGUUUUCAAAAAUAUGGAAUACAAAUGAAAAUUAAAAUCAAUUCUGUAUGUACUUAAUAGCAACACGGCACAGUUUAUUGGACAAAUGGUUCAGAAAAAACGCUAAAAUCGUUGAACCCAUCCGGAUUUUUGCACACACAAUUGGCGUCGUGUUUUUCCAUAGUGAAUUCACCGAUUUGGAUGGACUCUAGUACCACUAAACAGUGUAAAUACCUCGAAGAAACUAUCGGUGGAUCUCAG